AUGAAUUCAGGAAAGUCAUUGACACAAUACGUUUAUAACGAACAAGAUAUAAGAAACUUGGUCGGAUUAGAUUCAAGUUUAGAAAUCCUUUCACGUAUUUCAAAAGAUGGAUUCAAUCAAUCAGUUCAAUUACAAAUCCUUUUAUCAUCUAAAAGUAAAGUUUAUUUUGUUGAAUCUGAAGCAGCUAUCAGUUUACGUGAAUUCUUAACGAGUUUUAUUGGUGAUUCAAAUCAAAUCCUUCAAAACUCCUCUUCAUCUUCAACUGUAACUUCAAAUCGUCAUGCGAUUUUGUUUGAAAAUGAAAAGAAAUUCUUGAAUGAUAUUUCAGUGGCUAUGGAUUGGUUUAAUAUUCAAAUCGAAUCAUGGCCUGAAAAUUUAAAUAAAAAGUUAAAAACUAAACAUUUUUCGAUUGCUACGACUUUUUUGGCGAUUUGUAUGAUUCCUAUACAACUUACUCAUUUAAGGUUUAUGAUUUUAGAAUCUGAUAUUAUUGAUCAAUUUAGCGAACCUAUGCAGACUCUUUUAGCGCUACAAAUGGCAGGUUCUUAUAUCUUAUCAGAAAAAUAUUCAGAUGCAUCUGAUUGUCUUUUGAAUACAUCAUCAAUUUAUCAAGAAAUCCAAAACUUUCCAGAAUAUAAAAUGUUAGAAUUAACCAUUAAAGUUCAUGAAGAAAGACAUGAAAGUUUAGUAGAGAAUUCGAUCAAGUUAACGAAUUCAUCUGAUUCGAUGGAUUCAAUGCUUAGUACUAAUUCAGAAGGAGUAGAUGGCAUGACUGAAUCGAGAUCUCCUUCUCCUACUUAUGAGACUUCUCAAUCUACUUCUCAACUCUCGACUACUGAAGAACAAACCUUUAGUCCGUUCUUAAAUAGUAUUUUGAAUUAUCCUGAAGAGACUUUGAGAGAAUUGAGGGAAGAGAUGGCACCAGAUCAAGAGAUGAUAGAAGAAGUCAUGAAGAUUCUGGGAGAUGAAAGAGAAAAAGUAAGUGCCUUGAAAGGGAUGAAAGGAGGAAAACUACCGAUGACGAAUUCACAUAUCAUCACCUUACGUAAAUAUCUUACAUGGGCAUCGAUCCAUGAGAUCUCACCAUUUCCUAUCACCUUGAAGAAAUCGAUUUUGUGGGCUGAGAUCGGAUUAAGAUUAAAUGGGAUCUGUACUUCUCAAAUCUCACGAAACAUACGAGAAUUAGAAUGGUCUCGAAACUUUAGUUUUGAUUUGUUUGAUGAAUCCUUUCAGGUUGAUCAAACUUCACUUUGGCCUCAAUCGAUUUGGAAAGAAUUCUUAUCGGAUCUUAGGUUUCCAUUGAUUUAUUAUACUAAUGGUGGUGGGAUUAGAAGAUCUGCAAGUAAAUCUCAUCAAACUAAUCAUUCUAAUGUACAACAACAUCAUCAACAUGAACUUGAAGCGUCUCUGUCUAAACCUUUGGAGGUUUCGAAAAAUCCAAAACGUCUGUUGACUUCUGGUUUGUAUAAUGAACCGAUUCAGAAACGAAAGAAAGUUGAGGAGGUUGAUGAGAAUGAUAGUUCGGUGGGUGAUCUUGAAUCUGAGUCUGAAGUGAUUGAAGCAAACCCUUCGAGUGGUACUACAUCAUAUAUCAUACCUGUUCAACAACCCGAAGAACCGGUCCAGAAAGUUGAUUUCCGUAGUUUUAAGAAACCUAAACAUAUUAGAAGGAAUAUGGAAGCUAUUCUAGAAUUGCUUAGGUGGGAAUCAAAUGGUAUGAUUAUUGAUGUGAAUUUGUUUGAAGAAGUGUUUUGGAAUUAUAGAAUUGAAGGAAAAGUCCCAUUUGAAGGAUUAACCAGUCAACCCGAUAUCAAAAGAUUAGUACAUAAAUAUUUAAAGUUUUGUUAUGAAUUAUCGAUUAGUUCCUUACCAUUUACGAAUGUCAAAUUGAUGGUCUUCUUGGUGAAAUCCAUGUCACAUUUAUCUAAAUCGACGGCCAUUAAUUAUACGUCGACUUUGUUGUGUGUGGCUAAGAAACUUCAGUUUAUGAAGUUUGAAGUUCAGGGAUUCGGUUGGUUUGAUCCGGUCUUGAUCGAGUUUAAGAAAAGUUUGAUUUGGAAGAAAUGGUUACAAGGCUUGGCUACUAAACCAAAGUUUAAAGAUCAGCUUUAA